CUGAGAGUUACUUUAAGAAGUUAUCCUAGAAUCUAUCUUGAGAUCGUAAAAAUAAUAACACAUUUAGAUAAAGCUGUAGAAGCACGCAGGUUUUACUGAAAUCUACAAUGGCUACAAGAAAGCGUAGUGGUUCUGGAUCAAAGAGACAUUUGAAGGAGAAAGUGGUACAGAUAUACGAGUCGUUUUUUAGAGGCGAAGACCUGACCAGUGAUAACCCCACUUUCUGGGAUGAAUUUUUCCUCCUCAAACCAAAGAUCCCUCAACUUGAAGCUGAAAUCCACAAGUUAUCAGUGGAACAGCUCAACAAUAUGAAAGAUAGUAUUAAUUUAUUAGUCACACAGUGUAUAGAAAUGCUAGGACAAGAACACCAUAUAAGGCUUGUUUAUGCCCUUCAAACAUUGAGUGCACUCCUCAUUACUAUGUACCAAAUGGCAAGUCAAGACUCCAAUGUAAACAUCAAAACCCUACUUAUAGGAACAGAGAAUGCUGAUAUGAAAAUGCAGAAGUUAUUUGAACACUGCAGUACUAUAUUGUCAGGUGAUGUGCCUGAGAGCUUGAAAUCAAUGGUAUUGAAGUUAUUGCUGAUAAUAGCCACUGGGCUUGACAACAUUGAUGACAAUGUCUUGGUUGAUUAUUUAAUGCAAAAUUCCUUAUUUGAGCCAUUAAUCCAAUUACUUUGCACAUCAACUGAAAGACAACAACAUGGCUAUGAUGUUGUGAUUCUGUUAAUGUUUUUGGUGAACUACAAAAAACAGGAGUCUGCCAACCCAUAUGUAGUAAAACUAUCAAUUCUUGAUGAUGAACUGGCUUUAAAUGGGUAUGGCCAAGUUAUAACUGCAACAUUGAAUGAUUUCGUGAUGUCUGCGUUCGGCGGUUUGCAAGGCGGCGGCGGCGGAGGCUGGCUCUCCUCUUUAACCAGCAUGGUGGGAGGCAUAUUCCUAGCCAGUGAUGAAACACAGCCAGUGGUUAGGGGGCAGAGAAACAGUGGCGGUGAAGAAGGCAUGCUAUUGGCGCUAUACGAGGCGGCGCAUUUGAACCGCAACUUCAUGACGACUCUCGCGCACUCGUCUUCAGCCGCCGCGUCGUCGGCGCCGCCGUCGCCGCCUGCCACGUUACCACCACACCAGAGCCCACCAAACUUGGCGCAAAUACAAGCUCUGGACAAUGAACAGCCUACCAAUCUUCUUGUUACAUUUUUCCAAUAUUGUUCAAUAGUAAUGGCAGACACGAGGACUGAAGCUAGCAUAAACAAAUGCAGUUUAUGCUUUAUCACACUCACCUGUAUAGUCGAGGAACAGUUCGCCAACUCAAUAAUGCACGACCAGAAUCUAACUUUUAAGGUGCAACUGUACAGACUUCCAAUGCGUCAUAGAAAAAUAGUUCCCGAGGAACCACCCUCACAGCCAUUAGCUUCAACAUUAAUUGACCUGCUGGUAGAAUUCAUAAUGUGCCACCUGCUGAAGAAGUUCCCCGGCGAGCUAUACCAGCUGUGCGUGGGCGUGCUUCUGCGGCUACUGAGCUACCAGAAGCGCUGCCGCGUGCGCCUGGCGCGCGACUGGCGCCCGCUGUGGGCCGCGCUCAUCGCGCUGCUCAAGUUCCUCGUCACCAACGAGAGCACGCUGCUGCGGCGACACAACAUCUUCGUCAUGGCGCAGCAGGUUGUGAAUAUCUUCAAUCUCUUCAUUACAUUCGGCGAUACGUUCCUACCAACGCCGGCGUCCUACGAUCAGCUGUACUAUGAAUUAAUUAGGAUGCAUCAAGUCUUUGAUAAUCUGUUUUACAUGGCGCUGCGGUACUCGACGGGCGACGGCGAAUACAAGGCGGAGGCGCUGCGGCUGGCCAACUGCCUGGUCAACGUGCGCGCCAUCAUCCAGCACUUCUCGCCCAAGAUCGAGGCCUGGCUCGCCUCGCAGAACCUGUCCACGCCCACCGAGGACCAGAUCCUAGACGUCGUCAGGAAGAACUACGACAGCCUCAUCCUAAAACUGCAAGAGGGUCUAGAGUCCUACGAGCGUUAUUCGGAGCGAGCGCACCGAGCAUUACUCGCUCGGCUCGUGAGCGCCGCGCUCGCCGCCGCCGCCGCGCGCCGCGACGCCGCCGCGCGACAUUUGCACUCCGCCGCCGCUGACGCCGUCUCGCAUUACUCUGCUAUCGCGUGAGCCUCUAACUUACCCCCGGUUCACACAUGUCUCCGUUUUAUCGUGUACGUUUUUUUUUCGUCGAUGGCGUAAGUACUUGUAUGAGCGACUUCACACAUGACACAGUAUUCUGUAUACAUUAAUAAAUAAAAACGUACACGAUAAAACGGAACAGUAAAACGGAGACAUGUGUGUGGCCGUUAAGGUUCAGCCAAACCAACGCUAUCACACGCGAUCAGCCGGCGUGCAGCGAUGGUGAUCAAUGCAUUUAAUCACACGCGAUCAACCGGCAUACAGCGAUGGCGAUUAAAUGAAUGAGGGCUAUCGUUUUUAUACUUAACAGUUGGCACCCCUGGCGAUUGACAGGACCUUACUCUACAGUGGCGCCAUCUUGAUGAGUGCAAAUGCGAUAGUCCUCCUACCACUUUCGCGCUCACCAGUUGGUGCCACUGUCUUCGCUACUAGCAAGUGACAGGACCUUACUCUACAGUGGCGCUAACUGGUGAGCGCUAAAACGAUAGCCCUCAUUGAUCGCCAUCCCUGCACGCCGGCUGAUCGCGUGUGAUCGCGUUGGUUUGGCUGAACCUUUAAUACAGCAUUCGCGUUCCCAGGGAGGCAGGGGACGUCAGCUGCCCUUUGUGUCUAAUGCCCGUUUUCACCAUCAAUCCCUAAUUUUAAGUGACCCAUAUGAAAACAAAAUUCCUGUUGUGUUACGGGCAUAAGGCCCCUCGUUCAUGGCAACUUUUUGUAGCGAUUCUGUCGCGCGUCGAUACAGUCACAAUGCGGUUGCUAGCUGGUGUGCCCUCGCCCACAUAAACAUGAUUCAGUCGUGAUGCAAACGCGAUGCUGUUGCGCGUUAGUAGUGCCUUGGCAUCACUUCUGUAGCACGUAGCAGAUGCGACUUUCGCUCGUUUACGAAACGCUCGACAGAAUCGCGAGAAGCCUAAGGACAAAAAACCCUGUCAAAGAAAAUCUGACUCCCUCCCCCAGGCUAAAAUGCCCCGCCUGCGUACACCCUGUAUUUAACUCUUUCGGACGUGUAUGUCUAUAGAUGAACUACACUGAACUGUCCUUUAUUUGACACUGACAGGGGGGCCACCGUCAAUAGCGGAUCGCUAGUUCCGACUUUUGCCACGGUGGAAACCAUAUAGUUGCACGAAGAUGGUGGCGCCCUUCUGUCAAUGUCGUCGGUGGGACAUUUCAGUGUAGUUCAUCUAUACCCAGUCAAUUCGAUCGCGUUUCAAUAAACCAAACGUCAUUUCAGGGUGUUUUCGCAAAAACAGGAUUAGAAUUAAUAUGGUUCAUAGUCGAUCUAUAACUUUUUUCAUCGUAAGAGAAUCAAUACUUUACUAUAAGAGAAAACAGAAUAUAAGGCGCAAUAUACUUAAAUAAAAACACACAAUAAGUUAUUCGAUGCGCGUAAACAGACAAAAUACUAGACAACAUCAAGUAUGAAUAUCAAAUUGUAAAUUAAUUUGAUUUCUAGUUAGGAACUUUAAAAAGCAAUAACCAAUUUUACAAGCUAAAGGAAUUUAAUAUAUUUUUUACAUUUACGUUGUUACUAAGUGCCUAAGGUUUCUAAUCAGAGCCGUAAUCGUACGUGUAUCAUCCUGUACGAAAAUUAUUUAAGCUUAUUAGUACUACGAAAUAAUUUAAAACAUGCGAAUGCGAUGUAGGUUAGGACUUUGGCGUGAAAAUAAUCAACAAUAGAUUCGCAAUAUGUAAAUAAUUAGCUUAAAAAUAAAUGUAUGUAUUAUAUCAAAAUCAAAUGUAGUAGUAGAUCGUUUCAUCUACGAAGACGCGUUCCACCAUUAUUCCGCUAAUGUUUGAGUGUAAUUGGUACACGAAUUUUAUCCAUGAGUGCACACGCACACUACAAUAAUGACGCUCGGAUUGGUCGGAUCAAACUCCCCGCACCCCGCGCUUCCCUCGACCAAAAAUUGUUGGGGCGCGUCUUCGUGGAUAAAACGAUCUAUAGUCAUCGCAACUUUAUAUAAGUUUGGUUUAUCGCGUUGUCAGUGCUCUAGUAUAUAAAAUAAAUGAAGGAUUUAAAAUCCUUAGUGAAGUUUAGUUCUGCUUAUACAAUUUGAGAUUGAAAUUAUGUAUUCUUCAUGUUACCUAUUGAGAGGCAAGAAAUAGUUGGAUAAAAUGCACAAUAUGGUAAAAAUAAUAAAAAUAUAGUUAUUGGUGAAUAAUCAACGAAAUUUUUCCAGUGUCGUAUUUACUUAAAGUGAAAAUAAGUUAAACUACUUAAUGACCCCUUCUAAUUUUUUUUCGGGGUCCUUAUUUAUCAUUUCAUAUGUUUUGACUGAAAUAAUUUAAGCAAAGGCUGACUUUUAUGUUUGUUGUGACAACAUAGUUUUAAGAAAAAUGGUGCAAAUGAGCAGUUUAUAAACAUUGAUGCAAAUUAAUUUAUAAACAAUCAAUUGUGUUACUGUAAGCUUAAACUUCCUAUUUGAAUGAGUGAUCUCCUAGUUUGAAAAUAACCUUGAUUGGAGUAUAGCGCAUGAACGAAAUAUAAAAGAUAAUCCCAUAAAUGUGGAAAUGGUUAUGAUACCGUGCGUGAUGAACCCAAAAUAUAUAAUACUGAUAACACUACAUUCAUUAAGUAUAACCAUGGCCAAUGAAUGUGCCAAAUGUUUGACCACCUCUGGAGCAAACUUGGCAGAAACUUUUUGUUACCAUUUCUUUUUCUUAUGCAAUCAUAAGUAAUAUUUCAUUUGUCUUCUAUUGUAAUAUGAUCUAUAAGAUCACUUUAUCAAAAGCUGUUGAGUGUAAGGAGAUAUUUAAAAAAUAAUGUGUGUAGUAUGUGAUAUAGUUACUGUAUCAUUAUAUCAAUGUAAUUAGAUAGUUAUAAAGUGUAUUCCUGAUAAUAAAUUAUUUUAACUAA